GCCUUUGCGAGCGGCUACAGCAUCGGCAUCAAGAAGGACGUCCCCUCCUCCUACUCCGUCUUCCGCUUCGGAGGCUUCAUGGUAUCUGAGGAGAGCGCAACUAGUAGUUUUCCCCGUCCUGCCCUUCCCCUCCAGAUCUACGAGUUUGAGUCCUGCCCCUUCUGCCGCAAGGUCAGGGAGGCAGUCGCUAUCCUCGACCUCGACGUCGAGUUCCUCCCCUGCCCUAAGGGAGGAGGAGUAUACCGGGCGCAGGUGCAGGAGAUGGGGGGGAAGCAGCAGUUUCCCUUCCUCGUCGACCCCAACACAGGCACCAAGAUGUACGAAAGCGACGACAUCGUAGAUUAUCUCUUCCGUAACUACGGGGAUGGACUCGUGCCC